CCCUUCUCAAAUCUUCUCAACUUAAAACCCUCACCAUCCCUAUUCAUCCCAAUCCCCCCCAAUCCCACUUCCUUCCUUCUUUAAAUCUUUAGUUUCGAGAACUCCUAAUGGCUGAUUGGGGGCCGGUGAUUAUAGCGGUGGUGCUCUUCGUCCUGCUCAGUCCAGGCCUUCUCUUUCAGAUCCCAGCCAAAGGAAGAGUCGUUGAAUUCGGUAACAUGCAGACUAGUGGGGCUUCCAUUUUAGUCCACGCCAUCAUCUACUUUGGCCUCAUCACUAUCUUCCUCAUCGCCAUCGGUGUUCAUAUCUACACUGGCUAAAACUCCCCUCUUCUCUUUAAUUUACUCUGUACUGCCUUUUUUUUUUUUUUUUUUUCUUUCUUGUUCUAUAAUCGAUGGAUUGUUGUUUGUUAUGUGUAGUUGGAGUUUCAACGAUUGCGAUUGUAAAAUUGGUUUGAUCUUAAAUGCGAUUUAUAAAUUGAAAGGUUGUUGUUGGA